GUGACUAAAGUGGAAAAAAGCCUAUCUAACCGAGAGUUUGAAGAUGGAAACAGGAGGAAGAUCUGGGCUGAGGGAGAGAGUGGCUGGGAGAGAGAGAUUUGGGGCAGAGAGAAUCGAUUUUAAAAGGAAAUUCCAGGAACUGGAAAGGAGAGUUGUGUUUUACUGGGAUAUUCCAGAGGGUGUUUACUAGGAUAUUCUAGGGGGGUUUUUGGCUGGAAUUCCAGAGGGAAACAAAGAGUUUUGGCUGGAAUUCCAAAGGGAAAUAAAGUUGUGUUUUACUGGGAUAUUCCAGAGGGUGUUUACUGGGAUAUUCCAGGGGGGUUUUUCGCUGGAAUUUUAGAGGGAAACAGAGAGUUUUGGCUGGAAUUCCAGAGGGAAAUAGAGUUGUGUUUACUGGGAUAUUCCAGGGGGAUUUUUGGCUGGAUAUUCCAAAGAGUUUUUGCUGGAAUUCUAGAGGGAAAUAGAGAGUUUUGGCUGGAAUUCCAGAGGGAAACAGAGAGUUUUGGUUGGAAUUCCAAAGGGAAACAAGGAGCUUUUGGAGAUAUUCCAGAGGAAAAAAGGAGAGAAAAGCAGAGAUUAACCCAGGGCUUUUCAAUUGGGAUUCAGCCAGAGCUUUUGGAGAUUGACCCAGAGGGAUUGCUGAGAAGGAAAGGCUGAUUCUUGGUGGAAAACGUUCGGCCAUUAGGGAGUUACCCUUUGUUCUUCUUUUCUUCUUUCAGAUUUUCUAUGUGCAUGACACGUACUAGUGGGGAGAUACUUGAAGAAUUUGAUCCUGAAAUUGAGCGAACAGCCCAUCAUUUGAGGAGAAUGGCAGCCGCACCUGCUAAUGUGAUGGAGGACGAUGUCAAUGGAGAUGAAAACAGACCAAUAAGAGAUUAUGCCAUGCCAUCAAUGGAAGGAGCUGAAUCUAGCAUAAGGAGACCGGCAAUUCAAGCAAAUAAUUUUGAGAUCAAACCGGCUAUCAUUCAAAUGAUUCAACACUCGGUACAAUUUGAAGGUUUAUCACAAGAAGAUCCCAAUGUUCACUUGGCAAAUUUUUUGGAAAUUUUUGAUACUUUUAAGCACGAUGGAGUGUCAGAAGAUGCCAUUCGUCUGAGGCUUUUUCCAUUCUCAUUGAAGGAUAAAUAAAAAAAGUUGGUUAAUCUCUUUACCUUCAGGAUCCAUCAUCACAUGGGAGCAAAUGGCAGAAAAAUUUCUAGGUAAGUACUUUCCACCUGCAAAAACAGCAAAAUUGCAAAACGAAAUUACAAUGUUUUUACAGGUAGAGAAUGAAUCACUCUAUGAGGCACGAGAAUGCUUUAAAGAUGUACUGAGAAAGUGUCCUCACCAUGGGCUGCCAAUAUGGCUUCAGGUACAAACAUUUUAUAAUGGUUCUACUGCCAUAAUCCGCAAUAUGAUUUAUGCGGACAAUCAUGAGAAAAACACAUAAACAAGCCUAUGAGUUACUAGAUGAAAUGGCUACAAAUUCUUAUCAAUGGCCUUCCGAGAGACUCUCUGCAAGGAGGGCUGCGGGUUUACAUAGUGUAGACGCCAUCACAUCUUUGGCGGCACAAAUGGCGGCUCUCAAUAAGAAGAUGGCAACUCCCAAUAUCAAUCACAUGUGAUUUUUGUGGAGGCAGUCACCUGAACCAUGAAUGCCAAGCAGUCAACGGAGAUGCAUAUAUAUACAGAUUUUCUGAGACUUGUCCUUGAAAUACUAAAUGCAAUUCUUACUUAUGCUUUGCCGCGAAAUCCUGAGGUUGUAUACGCAAUAAUGCACAGGCAGGAAGUUUUCCAGCCUUUUAAAAGCCAUCCACGGUUCACUGAGCUCCUGGAAAACAUCUACACCGUAUUGGAUUUUUUCAAUAGUCGCAUGGAUGCGCAGAGGGUGGAUGGAGAAUGGUCAGUAGAGAAAGUCCUCCAAGUAAUAAUUGUUAACUGUCGAUCUUGGCGGAGUGAAGGGAUGAAGAGAGUCAUCCAGAGGAAUUCUUUAUCCCAUACGUGUGGCAGUUAAUUUUAUCCCGUGGGUAUGUUUUCUGCACCUUUCUCCAUCCAGAAAAAGAAUGAAGAUGGAGGGAUUCUUAGUGAAAAUUCUCUCUUCAUGUUGCAAUUGGAAAUAUAUUAUGUUCAUAUUUUUCUUGGAUGCAUAGCGGCCACCAAAAGAAACACACUUCUCCCACUUCCUGGUGAUUCGUGAAUAUGUAAAUACAUGAAAUAUUAGAAAUAUAUAUAUAUAUAUAUUCUUGUCA